AUGGUAACCACAAACACUCUGAAAGCCAAUGUUCCAGCAUGUAUAUGUCAUGCUUCAUAGCAGUAGUAGGGACACAGUGGCAGGUAAUCAAUGUAAAAGCAGCAAACAAUAAAUGGAACCAGCCCACAAACUAAAGCCUUGGGCGUUCAGUGAGACACUCCCCAGUGAUAACAAGACUGCUACCUCUUCAUAUAGAGCUUCCAGGGUCAACACAGAGCUGUAAAAUCUUAUUGCAAAGGUUAAAAAACACAGAUAAGAUGAUUUAGAUGUUUUGGUUGAAAGCUUGACCUGAACCUGAAAGGCUAAGCUGUCUUUUACUGGUUAGUUAUGUCCCAACCCUGUCCAUAGUCAGAAGCAUUGGAUAGUGAAUAUAGUACUGCUAGUAUACUGCUAAUACAGUACUAUAGCACUUCUAAAAAAAUAAAUAUUAACAAGUAUUACAAGUAAACAGUACCUUAUAUGAUUUAUUUAAGCCACAUUUACCUUGAAAGUGACUUACUUUAGGAUUUUGCAAGCUGAACAAAGAAGGUGAAUUACAAUGAGUCCAGUCUUUGCAAGUUUUUUGUCUUAUUUCUUGUUAAUAGUGUCAUAUUGGGCUAGAUUUUAGCCCCAUAACAGGUCCAGAAAAAAUAUCAUAAAAGUCUCCUGUAGUCUUCAUGUAAGCCAUGUUCAUCUAACAAGUCCAGAAAAUGGCUUUUCUUAGAGUAUUACAAACCAACAACCAAAGGCCCUUAAUGUACACAUUACAAAAAUCUUGAAUCAGAAUAAGAAAAACAUACUUUUCAAGUUUCUGGAAAUGAGAAAAUGUCUAACUUCAAGAAUUUGAUUAUUAAUUUUAUCUUAUUCUAUUGGGAAAUUGUAAUUAUUCUUAUUCCAAGCAAUUCAGUUCUUCUUUUUGGCUUGAAAUACACUGAAAUAAGCAAUUUCUCUUCAAUUUCAGGGGAAUAUGGCUUAAAUAAAGCCAACAAGACUUUUUGUUUAGCAUUUCUCUGUUCUUCUCAAGUGUAUGUGGCUUAAAUUAAGUCUAAUAUGACAUUAUCUACCAGAUACAAGACAAAAACACUUAUUGAGAUUUGAGCUUUUGGUGUCAGAAAGCUGGAAAUGAGCAGCCUAAGGAGCUCAGACAUCUGCAGGGAGCUUCAAAUACAGCUGGUUUUCCUUUGUCGGAGUAGUCCUGGCAUCUGAUUUUGAAGCCUCCCUGUGCCAAGCUUUUAAGGUCUUCCAACUUGGAGACAACCCUCAGCUGGACCCAGACCUCACUUUAUAGAUCCCAUCUGAAAAAUGGGAUCUAUAAAUCCUUAGAUUUGAAAAGACAGAUCCGAGGUGUGUGCAGAUCAGCUUUCUACUGCCAUUCAGACCCAAACAAGCAGGAAAAAAACUUAUACAAAGAGAAUGGAAAGAGAGAUGAAUCUGUGAUUUUUCUUUCAAUACUAUAAAUAAUAAGCUUUUGUUAUUUUCUGAUGUUUUGUAGCAACGGCUGGGCGCCACCCAAGCAGAGAUCCAGGAGAAGAUUCAUGACCGACUCAAGCAGAUGGAGGAGCUGAAACAAGCCGUGGACGCUCUGAAGGUUUGUGCCACCAUCAUUUAUCAGACUGAUAGGACCAGACUAACCACUCCAGACUCAACUGAAAGUUAAUUUAACAAGCAGCUCAGACCGCAUUCCUCCCUGUCAGAGUGAUGACAGUGUCUCUCAUUGUACUAAUGUGUCACCCACUUGAUUAAUGGCUUGAAUCCCUGUCUCCUGCGUAGAACUCAGCCCAGAGAGCACUGCAGGACUGCGAGAAGAUGUUCAGCGACAUGAUGCGCUCCAUCGAGAGGAUGCAGCAGGAGAUGGCCAAGCUGAUCUCCUCCAACAAGAAAGCGGCGCUGAAAAUCGCUGUGGGUCACACGGACCGUCUGAGCUACGAGAUCGCCGACCUGAAGAGGAGAGACAAUGAAAUCACCCAGCUGUCCCGUACUGAGGACCACAUCCACUUCAUCCAGGUGACUGACAACCACACAGCACCACAUUUCAACUCCAGACCUGAACCAGAUUCUUCAAGUUUAGCCUAAUGCAUGGUGAUACAUGGAACAUUUUAGACUCUAUUUUUCUGUCCAGAUACUGAUACCUGUAUAGCUACUGGUGGGAUGAAGAAGUACAUAAGUGUCCAAAAACAUACUGUUGGCUGACAUUUUUUUUAGUUAAAUAGUAAAAUGUUCUUAGUGUUGGUUUUGGAUACCUGACACAGCAUUUGUCUUAUUUGUUUUUUUAAGACUUACCAAAUGCUGAUUGCCCAGACUGAGGCUGAGGAGCUGCCUACAGUAUCUGUCAACCCUUACUUUACCUUCGACCCUGUGACCAAAGCUGUGUCUGAGAUGAAACAGCACCUGAACGAGUUUAGCAAUGAUGAGCUGGUCAAGACAGCCAAGACGGGUGAGUGCAGAGUACCACAACAACAAGAAUCUCCUGUCAAAAAUACAAAAAAACAAAAACAAAUUACAAGCAUAAAUUCCUCCAGUUGUUCAGUGAAGUUCCUUCACUAUAAUAACCUUUACAUUUUGUGUUUUUGUAGUGAACAAAAUGACCUUCUGCCAGCUGGAUGAUUCCAAAAAGAGACGGUCAAUAGAAAGUGAGUAUUUGAUUUUCAACACAGCUGGGCUACUGUAUUAAAAAAUCACAUUACUGAUUACAAAUAAGGUUAAAUGGACUGGAUGAUGGUAGAUUUAAAAUAUCCUUAGUCCUCUAGAGAGCUUCAAGUUUCCUGAAUCUUGAGCUUCAUUGGAGAGCAUCCUGAGGUCACGCUGUUGAAACAGAGUUUAAUGUUUACUUUUACUGGCAGUGAGUUCACACACUCUUCUCUCACCCUCUUUGACUCUUCAGAUCAGCCACAUAGAUAAAGAAACAAUUUACAGACACUCUAACAGCCAAGUUUUUUAAGCCAGAUAUCAGAAACAUUUAUAUUACCGACAGAAUUUCAUCAUUAAUCAAUCAGAAGCCUAAAAAAGGCCAACUAUCAAACUUUUUUUCUUUUCAAAUCUUUACUUUUCUAAUAAGAAAUUCCAAUUCCUAUCUGAAAUUUUGACCUUUUUGUUUGUUUGUUUGUUUUUCGUCUGUUUGUUUGUCAUUUUCAAAGUUUAUUUAGCAUUUUUUCAAAACUGGGACCAUAAUAAUUAUACAUAAUUUUUAAUUUUUAACAUAAAGCCCCCGUGAUGAACUUUUGGUUUAUGUUAGUUUUGGCACCCCCUGUGGCCAAGCAGGUUUUACUCAUCCUGUCCGCUACAUGCUUGAGGACUGAUUUAUGACAACUGAUUUUUGACAGUCAAAUACAUCAUUUAGUUUGGAUAUUUCAGGGCUAAGUCUACAGCUGCGAGGCUUGAACCUACCCCUUCACAUGGCUUUUAGUCAAUAAAAAUUAGGAUAUUAAAACCUUCAGUCUUGUUGAUUAUAGUUUUGUUUGCUCUUGUAUACCAUCAGAAAGCAUUAUCAUUAAUUUCAGUCAAUUUCAUUAAUGUAAAAAAGGCCUCAUAGUAGCUUUAAGUCUAGCACUUUUUUAAAAAUGCUCACAAUAUUUUUACUUUUUUCUCAAAGUUUUCACUUCAGUCACAAGUCUUUUCUAACCAACUUCUCAGAUUUUCUAACAUUUCUCGAUGAUCUUGAUGUAAAAGAAUGAUCAGUGAAAUAAAUAAGCUCCACAAGUCAAAGCAUCAUGAUCCAUCAUGCCGUUGUCACUUUGACCUGACAUGAAACAUCUUUAUUUUCACAGAUGACGAGCAAGCUCAAGUCAUGCACAAGGCUGUCCCGGUCCAGGAACCUCAGCACAGAGAUGAUUUCCUGAAAUGUGAGUCUCAGCUCUUCAGAUUGUUUUUUCUGCUCUUUCUGCUCGUUGCAAUGCAAAUAAGAUGCUGAUAAGGUUCUCUGUCAGACCCUGUGGCUGACCACAAAAUCUGCCUGUAGUAGCUACCAACCGCCCUACAGAGUUGACAGAAACUGGGACUAACUGAUAGCAAAUACACCAGCUUGCACUUCACUUUGUAGUUUUGCUUCAGUUUGCAGUUUAGGUUGCCUCCCGUGUUUCAACAGUACAUGAAAAAACUGAUGUUCACCAGGAACACAGAUAUAAAAACACACUGCAGUCAUUCAAACAUUACGACUGAGUCACUCUUGGAUUAAUCAUUGUCUAGUUAGUAGCAAAUCCUGUUUUUAACAAACUUACAGGGGCCAGUUGUGGCCAUGUGAAGAGCUGUUGAGGUCUAAAAGGGGUUUAAAGGAUGAAGUAUCAUCCAUUCACAACUCAUUGGAAGUAGAUAGAAGCUCCAGUACUUGUAAUAACCAACAGGGGGCAACCAUUGCUCAAGCAAAAGCAAUCCUGACUGGAUAGAAGUGUACCAGGAAAUGAAACCACAUCACAGUUCGUGUACUCAGUAGAAGGAUGUUUCAAAGUGACUAACUUUCCCUGUCAAAUGAGCACAAUAUAUUGAACAUGGCUAAAUCACAGGGCCUGCAGGUAAAUCACGUCAGAUUGGUUAGCUGAGUGUGACUAAUACCAGCAGAGCUAUGACCACUAGCCUUCAGUCCUAGGGUGUUGACGUCCACAUUCUUGGUUACACACUGUGAGCCCUGUUGAGCCAACCUAAAUACGACCUUAGCUCCAUGAAUAUACUGAUGAAUCAUGCAGCACUAUGAGAUGCCAUCAGACUACAAAGUAGAGUGGGAUUUAGGGUAUAGCCAGAUACGUUUAUAGGGGCCUGUUAACUACUCUAGUGAGAACCAAUAAUAUGAUACCCAUUGCAGUCCCUUCUGGAUCCAAAAAAUCAAGAUGACACUGGCCAAGAUAACUAUCCCUGGGCCUGUACUUGGAAUCAGAGGAUUUUAUGUUCUCUUAUUUAUAGAUAAAGUUGUAUUUUGUUUGUGGUCAAGACUCACAAACAGUGAUGAUACCUCUGGCAUUCCAGAUCGUAAACCAGGCCGACAUAGCCGAGGCCACCGGGUGUCCCACCAACUGUGA